AAAAAUAAUAGUGAAGUUGGACUGACUUUUUUUCUAAGAGUCUUCCCACCUCAAACACUCUGUAGGUCUGUAACUUUGGGAAAUUUCACUCCCCCAAGUUUGAUGUCAUACCAGUCCCCAGGGUAGCAGUACCUGAUGACUUCAUCAAUGAGUCUGUGACAUCAUGCCUCCUCCCCAGGGAAAGGGCCAAGGUUCCUGGGGGUCCCUCAUUUCCUGUGCUUCAGAGUAGCCAAACGGCAGCAAACUAAAGCCUUGGAAGGAAACCUACUGUCCCAAUCCUCUCCUCCCCCUCCUCUCCCCGACAUCAUGGACUCCCAUGACAGGACUCCUAACUCUUACAUCCAGAACUUUGGCUACCACCACCAGGAGAAACAGCAGGUGCUGGACACUGGUGAACAGCUGAUGGUCCCGGCAGAAGUGUUGCAGGAGACCAACAAAGCAGUCUGGUGGAAGUUCCUGGUCUCAGGGGCUGUGGCCGGUGCUGUGUCACGAACUGGGACAGCCCCGCUGGACAGGGCUAAAGUCUUCAUGCAGGUCUAUGCCUCCAAAACAAAUAUCAUGAAUUUGCUGGGGGGCAUGCGGAGCAUGAUCCAAGAAGGUGGAAUCAGCUCCCUGUGGCGGGGAAAUGGCGUCAAUGUGCUCAAGAUUGUCCCCGAGUAUGCCAUCAAGUUCUCCGUCUUUGAGCAGAGUAAGGCUUUGUUGUGCAGCCAGAAAACCCCACAACCCUUCCAGGAAAAAAUCCUGGCUAGCUCCCUGGCAGUGGCCAUCUCCCAAACACUCAUCAACCCCAUGGAGGUGCUGAAGACCCGGCUGAUGCUCCGGAGGACGGGCCAGUACAAAGGGCUGCUGGACUGUGCACACCAGAUCCUAAGGCACGAGGGAGCCCGAGCCUUCUAUCGGGGCUAUUUGCCCAACAUGCUGGGCAUUUUGCCCUAUGCCUGCACCGACUUGGCCAUCUAUGAGUCACUCAAAUGGGUCUGGGUCAACUUAGGGUUUGAGUCAAACAAUCCCAGUGGGACCGUUGGCCUGUUGUCCAUCACACUGUCCAGCACCUGUGGCCAGAUGGCCAGCUACCCCCUGACACUGGUGCGGACGAGGAUGCAGGCUCAAGACACUGUGAAGGGCUCAAAUCCCACCAUGCGAGGUGUCUUUGCGAAGAUCCUAGCCCAGCAGGGCAUGGCUGGUCUGUACCGGGGGGUGACUCCCACCCUCCUGAAGGUGCUGCCAGCAGUGGGCAUCAGCUAUAUGGUGUAUGAAGCCAUGAAGAAUGCUCUGGGGGUAGUUAAGUAG